AAGAAGUUGUACUAUCGGUAACGUUGAUAGGUUCACCCAUUAUUUAUUUGUUACAAAUUAAAGUCGCAUAUCGUAAAACAAAAAAUAUUAUAGCGCGUAUUGUGAAAAUGACACUUGAUCUUA